AUGGAGACUCCUUAUGGGUUUAUUUUCCUCUUUGUCUUCGUCUAUCGAUAUGCCCGGCUUGUUGUUAAUCAAUGGGCGUGUUGGAUGCUCGAGCCCAUCCACCCCCGACAGGGCCCGAAAAUGAGCCGAGAAGAUGUGACGGUGGUCAUACCCUGUCUGGAAGCCAAUCAGGAGUUGGAAACUACUGUUAUUUCGAUCCUGGCAAGUGCUCCACGAAAUAUUAUACUGGUGACUACCAAGAGGAACUGCCGGCCGUUGGAAGAAAUGGUCAACAAGCUCGGACGUCGGUCCGGGAAAACCGAACUCCAAGUUAAGGUUGUCCAGGACCCGAACAAACGAGAUCAGAUGGCUGCUGGGAUAAGGCAUGUCAACACCGAGAUCACAGUGUUUGCUGAUGAUGAUGUGGAAUGGCCUCCUAACCUGCUUCAAUGGAUAAUUGCCCCCUUUGAAGCAAAGGAAAAGAUUGGGGCUGUUGUCACCUGCCAGCGUCUUCAGCGUCGCAACCCACGGAAUUUGAUUCACCGCAUCUGGCUUUUCCUUGGAGCUCUAUAUCUUGAGCGAAGGAACUUCGACUGUGCCGCGACAAACUAUAUGGAUGGGGGUAUUCCCUGCAUCUCUGGACGAACUGCCGCCUACCGCACUAGCAUUGUGAAAGACGAAGGAUUCCUAAAAGCUUUCUGUGAUGAGACUUGUUGGGGAAAGAAGCUCGGCCCUGAUGAUGACAAUUUCUUGACCCGCUGGAUGAUUGAGAAGGGAUGGGAUAUCUUCUUUCAAAACCAUCCUGACGCUAUGGUUCAGACGACACUGGAGGACAACACAAAGUAUUUGCUUCAAUGCCUGCGCUGGUCCCGAAGCAACUGGAGGAGCAACUUGAAAAGCCUCGUAACAUUGAGAACAUGGAGAAGGCAUCCUUACAGCAUCUAUGCUGUUUUUCUGACAACUCCCUUGCUUCCGCCUGCAGCGCUGAUGGAUGCCUUGCUCAUCUGGCUAUGCCAUAGAGUGACUGGGUACGAUCAAGUGCUGCAUUUUCGGUCGCUGGCGUUGCUGCUUGGUUGGAUGUUCGUCAGCAAGUUUAUCAAGUUCGUGGAUUACUAUCGACAACACCCUUCUGACAUUGUUCUCUUACCGGUUUCUAUCCUCUUUGGCUAUGUGCAUGGGAUCAUCAAAAUAUACGCCUUUUUGACACUUCACGUGACUACCUGGGGAGGCCGAGAGGUCGACGUUGAUGCUCGGCGGAGAAAAGAUGACCCGAGCCAAGGAGUCUUAGGCCCCACAAUCAAAGGAGGUCACACAACAAUAUCUCAGUCCCAGCAAGGCCAGGCAGUAUGGAGGCACUACAUCACCACUUUUCAGCUCCUCGCACCUGUUUUUUGGCCCGAAGGCAUCUCUCAAUGGCUUCACCCCCUCAGCAUUGGGGUAUGCAUCCUGGUGGAUCGUGCCCUGAAUGUCAUGACGCCAUUCCAGACUGGCCAGGCUAUCCAGGAUAUGAUUAGCCGAUCUGAUAGACUGUCAGUAGGGGAGAUCCUGACUGUGGCCAUCCCCUACCUACUUGAACAUUUGACUGUGACCCUGAGAAUCCAGCGAUACUGUUGGUGGACUUUGGAGAAAAACUGGUCCCGAAAAAUAAAAGUUAUGACGUACAACAAAGUCAUGGGCCUUUCGGGCGAUUUCCACCUGAGCGAAUCGAGUGAUCCAUUGGACCUAAUGUCACGACUUGGUGGACUUGAGAGUCUGGUGUCCAGCAUUGCGUUCCCGAUGACAGCAUUUCUGGAUCUGAUACUAUCUGUACAUGCGCUGUAUCUUCACUUUGGUAUCAGGUUGGCAGUAUACUACUCGAUAACCGCUGCCACCUACUUAUGGUAUUCCCAAUGGCUCCUCUCUCCGCGGGAAAUGCAAAAACACACACUGGAAAACAAACAGCAGGAAAGCCUUAUUACACGGGAAUCCAUCGCAAAUUGGCUGAUGGUGGCCUCUCACAACAGGUUCUUGCGUAAGCAGGGCCAGGUCUCCAAGGCAGUUGACGCCAGUCUGGAAUCCAGCUUACGACAAAAGCUUCUUUCUUUCCGUGCACGUAUUAUAAAGGACGCCAUUAUCCUCAUUGCAGUGGCUAUGGCAGCAGCUAGCCAGCAAGACAGACAGGCUAAGGAUCUUGUCAUAAUAUGGACCUUGUGGACUAACUUAUCAAACGUCCUCGGGUGUCUAACGGAUGGGGCUGAUGGACUAAAGCGGAUUGGCGUGCAGUUAGAGCCAGUUAUUGAGGUUCUAAAGCGGAAACCGGCAGUAUUUACUCGAAAAGACGCUCCCAUUUUAACCGACGUCAGUGGAGACAUCGAAUUUAAAAAUGUCACUUUCUCCUAUGGAGGACAGCCGGUUCUUAACAGUGUCUCAUUCCAUCUCCAUGGUGGUCAAACCACUGCAAUUGUUGGGCCAUCUGGAAGUGGAAAGUCAACCAUCUUGAACCUUCUUCUACGUCUCUUCGACCCACAGUCAGGCUCUAUCUCUGUCCAAGGCCACAACAUUUCAGAGAUUUGUCUGGGAAGCUUUCGGGAUAGUGUCGCCGUUGUCCAUCAGGAUCCGAAAUUUUUCACUGGCAGUGUUCGGCAGAACAUCGCAUUUAUCAAGGAUGACGUGGAUGAUCAUGAGAUAGAGGCUGCCUGCAAAGCAGCAGAAAUCUAUGAUUAUUUAAUACGGCGCAAAGGGCGUUUUGACACAAACAUCCAGGAAAUGUCAGGAGGGCAGCGGCAACGCAUUGCGAUCGCUCGUGGAGUGGUCCGAGAUGCACAAAUUUUGUGUUUGGAUGAGCCUACCAGUCAUCUUGAUGGCAACACAGCAGCCAAAAUUUGGGGGAACCUUAAGGCACACUUCAACAGGAAAACAGUGGUCAUGGUUACGCACCAGCUUCACUUGGCAAAAGAUGCACACUGUAUCAUUGUUAUGCAGAACGGCGAAGCUGUCGAGCAAGGGACGCAUGCAAUGCUCAUGGAGCAAAAAGGUUGCUACUACAAGAUGUGGAAGUCCACGAAGGAGUAACACCUUUUUCUAUACCCAACCCAUCAACCGACCAGUCUCCCUUGAUUAACAGGUGAUGAUAUUGCGUACCCAUACUCAGAGAAUGCAAGCAAGGAGGGCGUGCGAGGCAGAGAGCCAAGACAGCGGUUAAGAACGUGGUUACAUUUGGGGACUUGAGGACGCUGACAGGGAUGAGUGGAUGCGGUUCUCCGGUUUGCUCGCGACAUUGUGGACUAUUAUUGGUCAGAUUAAUUCAGCGUAGUCGUCGCAACCAAUCCCUAUCAGAUUUAGGCAAGGCUCCAGAAAGUCUGCAUUUUUAGUCUUACCUAGUAACAUUACUUCAUAC